UGUGGGGCACUGGCUCCAGGAAGAGAAAACACCAGUGCCUCAGAAUCUGCCCAGUCAGACGGUGAUAGCCAGCCAUGCGUUCACGGGGCCACUGCUGCUCACAGAAGCAGUGAGGAUGAUGCCAGGAUGAUGCCUGCUUCAUGCCUGGCUGGGGCUCUGAUCCCAGCCAUGGCCUUCCUCUCCUGCGUGAGACCUGAAAGCUGGGAGCCCUGCGUGGAGGUUGUUCCUAACGUUACUUAUCAAUGCAUGGAACUGAAUUUCUACAAAAUCCCCGACAACAUCCCCUUCUCAACUAAGAACCUGGACCUGAGCUUUAACCCACUGAGGCAUUUAGGCAGCCAUAGCUUCUUCAAUUUCCCAGAACUGCAGGUGCUGGAUUUAUCCAGGUGUGACAUCCAGACAAUCGAAGAUGGGGCAUAUCAGAGCCUAAGCCACCUCUCCACCUUAAUAUUGACAGGAAAUCCUAUCCAGAAUUUAGCCCUGGGAGCCUUUUCUGGACUAUCAAGUUUACAGAAGCUGGUGGCUGUGGAGACACAUCUGUUAUCACUAGAGAACUUCCCCAUUGGACAUCUCAAAACUUUGAAGGACCUUAAUGUGGCUCACAAUCUAAUCCAAUCUUUCAAAUUACCUGAGUAUUUUUCUAAUCUGACCAAUCUAGAGCACUUGGACCUUUCUAGUAACAAUAUUCAAAAUAUUUAUUGCAAAGACUUGCAGGUUCUACAUCAAAUGCCCCUACUCAAUCUCUCUUUAGACCUGUCCCUGAACCCUAUAAACUUUAUUCAACCAGGUGCGUUUAAAGAAAUUAGGCUCCAUAAGCUGACUUUGAGAAAUAAUUUUGAUAGUUUAAAUGCAAUGAAAACUUGCAUUCAAGGUCUGGCUGGGUUAGAAGUCCAUCGUUUGGUUCUGGGAGAAUUUAGAAAUGAAAGAAAUAUUGAAGACUUUGACAAAUCUGCUCUGGAGGGCCUGUGCAAUUUGACCAUUAAUGAAUUCCGAUUAGCUUACUUAGAUGACUUUCUAGAUGAUAUUAUUGACUUAUUUAACUGUUUAGCAAAUGUUUCUUCAUUUUCCCUGGUGAAUGUGCAUAUUAAAAGAGUAGAAGACUUUUCUUAUAAUUUUAGAUGGCAACAUUUAGAAUUAGUUAACUGUGUAUUUCAACAGUUUCCUCCACUGAAACUCAAAUCUCUCAAAAGGCUUACUUUCACUGCCAACAAAGGUAGGAAUCAUUUUUCAGAAGUUGAUCUUCCAAGCCUUGAGUUUCUAGAUCUCAGUAGAAAUGGCUUGAGUUUCAAAGGUUGCUGUUCUCAAUCUGAUUUUGGGACGACCAGCCUAAAGUAUUUAGAUCUGAGCUUCAAUGACGUUAUUACCAUGGGUUCAAACUUCUUAGGCUUAGAACAACUAGAACACUUGGAUUUCCAGCAUUCCAAUUUGAAACAAAUGAGUGAGUUUUCAGUAUUCCUAUCACUCAGAAACCUCAUUUACCUUGACAUUUCUCAUACUCACACCAGAGUUGCUUUCAAUGGCAUCUUUAAUGGCUUGUUCAGUCUCAAAGUCUUGAAAAUGGCUGGAAAUUCUUUCCAGCAAAACUUCCUUGAAGAUAUCUUCACGGAUCUGAAUAACUUGAUAUUCCUGGACCUCUCUGAGUGUCAGCUGGAGCAGUUGUCUCCAACAGCAUUUGACUCACUUCCCAGACUUCGGAUACUAAAUAUGAGCCACAACAACUUCUUUGCAUUGGAUACAUUCCCUUACAAGCAUCUCUACUCCCUCCAGGUUCUGGAUUACAGUCUCAAUCAUAUAGGGACUUCCAAAAAUCAGGAACUGCAGCAUUUUCCAAGUAGUCUAGCUUUCUUAAAUCUUACUCAAAAUGACUUUGCUUGUACUUGUGAACACCAGAGUUUCCUGCAGUGGAUCAAGGACCAGAGGCGGCUGUUGGUGGAAGUUGAACAAAUGGAAUGUGCAACACCUUUAAAUAGGAAGGGCAUACCUGUGCUGAGUUUGAAUAUCACCUGUCAGAUGAGUAAGACUAUCAUUGGUGUGUCAGUGCUCAGUGUGCUUGUGGUAUCUGUUGUAGCAGUUCUGGUCUAUAAGUUCUAUUUUCACCUGAUGCUUCUUGCUGGCUGCAUAAAGUAUGGUAGAGGUGAAAACACCUAUGAUGCCUUUGUUAUCUACUCAAGCCAGGAUGAGGACUGGGUAAGGAAUGAACUAGUAAAGAAUUUAGAAGAAGGGGUGCCUCCCUUUCAGCUCUGCCUUCACUACAGAGACUUUAUUCCCGGUGUGGCCAUUGCUGCCAACAUCAUCCAUGAAGGUUUCCAUAAAAGCCGGAAGGUGAUUGUUGUGGUAUCUCAGCACUUCAUCCAGAGCCGCUGGUGUAUCUUUGAAUAUGAGAUUGCUCAGACCUGGCAGUUUCUGAGCAGUCGUGCUGGUAUCAUCUUCAUUGUCCUGCAGAAGGUGGAGAAGUCCCUGCUCAGGCAGCAGGUGGAGCUGUACCGCCUUCUCAGCAGGAACACUUACCUGGAGUGGGAGGACAGUGUCCUGGGGAGGCACAUCUUCUGGAGACGACUCAGAAAAGCCCUGCUGGAUGGUAGACCGUGGAAUCCAGAAGGAACAGUGGGUGCAGGAUGCGAAUAGCAAGAAGUAGUAACUAUCUGAAGAGGGAAAAAACAAAAAACAACAUCUGAGGCAUUCCUUGAGCAGCUGGGCCCAACACUUAUUAAGUAAACAAGUAUUAAAUGUUGCGUCAUGCCAGGCAUUAUGCUAAGGGCAAGUCAUUCCAUGGUUCACAAGAUACAUGGGAAUGCUAAUCUCAUGGUGCCUCCAAUGCAGAGGGAAUAAAUGCAGACUAAAUACAGAGUGUUCCAGGUGGGCAUUUCAACCAAGUCAGCCAAGGAACCCAUGACAGAGAAAGUCAUUUCAUCUCUUACCUCAUCAAGUUGAAUAAGGACAGAGAAAGCAGAAAGAGGCAUUGUUCUUCUCUUGAGUCUUUUGAACGGAAAUUACGUUAUAUAUUAUGUUAUAGCCAUCAUAAAACCAUUUUGGUAGUUUUGCCUGAA